UUUUAAAAUAAAGUUAUUUAUUGAACCCCAUAUAAGGUUGCUCAGCAAUUUUGAAAUAAGGUAAUCCAAACCAAAUUGAAUUCGAAAACGGAAACAUUGCUUUAGCAAUAUUUGUAAAAAUAAAAAUCGAUUUUUAAUUAAUGCAGUCACAACCAGGAAUUUUAGAUUUAUCAGCUUAUAAUUUACCGAAAAGUGAUUCUUUACCUUUAAGAAUACAAGAAAACUUUUCUCUUUAUAGUGUUAGAUAUACUUAAUUAGUUGUUGUGGGAAUUGCAAUAGGAGGGUCUGCUAAAUCUAUAUAGAAGACUUACUAAAUUUGCAGUUUUGCUAACUCUCUUUCUUAGUUAUUUAGGGUAAUAUUAUGCAAUUAAAAUAAAGAUGGGCUUAUAUCAUGAAAUAAAGUGCUAUUUUAGAUUACCUACCUGAUUUA